AUGAUCGACAUCAUCACCCGCGGUCUAGCCUACGUUCUCUAUCUUUUGGGCAUUGUCACGGUGGCCGCCGUCUGGGCGUUGUCUAGCUGCUGUCCAAGUCGGCCGGACAUUCGCAGUCAGACGAACGAGGGCGUUCCGGCUGAGCGAGAGAACUCUACUCCUCAGCAAAGCGAAUUGCCUUCAGAACCUCUGCUUAACGCCAGCCCCGACCGAUUUGUCCUUUUCCCCAUCCGUUACCACGAUAGGCUAGCUUUUGGACGUCCGAAGAAGUCGACCUCUCAAAAAGAUAUCUCCCACUGGAAUCACAGGCUGACCUCGGACGAGCGUUAUUUCAUCUCUCAUGUCCUCGCCUUCUUUGCCGCUUCGGACGGGAUCGUCAACGAAAACCUCGUCGAGCGCUUCGCGGCGGAAGUGCAGGUUCCCGAGGCACGCUGUUUCUACGGCUUCCAAAUCGCCAUGGAGAACAUCCAUUCGGAGACGUAUUCCCUGCUCAUCGACACCUUCGUGAAGGACCCACAAGAGCGUCAUCAUCUCUUCAAUGCCAUCGAGACAGUACCCUGCGUGCGGAAGAAAGCCGGCUGGGCUUUGCGAUGGAUCACGGACACAGCCGCACCAUUCUCGGUCAGGCUUGUCGCGUUUGCAGCGGUGGAGGGCAUCUUUUUUUCCGGUUCCUUCGCGGCAAUCUUUUGGUUGAAGAAACGAGGCCUUAUGCCUGGACUCUCGUUCUCCAACGAACUCAUUUGCCGCGACGAAGGUCUCCAUACUGACUUCGCGUGUCUACUAUUCGACCAUCUCGUGUCAAAGCCCGACGCUACCGUCAUUACUCGCAUCGUGACCGAGGCGGUCUCAAUUGAACAAGAAUUCCUUUCCGAAGCGCUUCCUGUAUCGCUCAUCGGCAUGAACGCGUUUUUGAUGUGUCGUUACAUCGAAUUCGUCGCCGACCGGCUUCUCACGUCGUUGGGUUGUAACAAGUUCUACCGCACCCAGAACCCGUUCGACUUUAUGGAGAUGAUAUCGCUACAGGGCAAGACCAACUUCUUCGAGAAGAGGGUCUCUGAAUAUUCGAAGGCGGGCUUUGCUUCGGCGGCGACGCGCGACCAGCCCUUGUGA